AUGGGGUUCUCUCGCUCGGCCCGUAUCAUCACGCUCUUGGUGAUCGAUACGGCCUUCUUCUUUCUGGAAUUGAUUGUCGGCUACUCGGUCGGUUCUCUGGCGCUCAUAGCGGAUUCGUUCCAUAUGCUCAAUGACGUUCUCUCACUCCUCGUCGCUUUAUACACCAUCAAACUCGCCACCUCACCCUCAUCCGCUGCCAACUCGUACGGGUGGCAAAGAGCCGAGAUUCUCGGCGCGCUCAUCAAUGGUGUCUUCCUCGUUGCGCUCUGCAUGACUAUCGCGCUGGAGGCUAUUGGGCGGAUCGUCUCGCCACCUGAAAUCUCGGCGCCGAAGUUAAUCGUCAUUGUGGGAAGUCUGGGGUUGGCGAGUAAUAUCGUCGGGCUGUUCCUCUUUCACGAGCAUGGACACAGCCACGGCGGCCACUCUCAUGGCCCCAUCGCCCUCCCUGCGGACUCGGAGGCCGAGGCAGCCGACAUGGCGGCUCCAGGCGGGCGUCAGCGCGCCGACUCGAUGUCUUCUCUUUUCCAGCACCCCGCUCAGACUCGGGCACAGGUCAUCGAGACUGCUCAGGAGUACGGUUACGGUCGACCCUCCGCAGACGAGAAUGCCGGGUUCAUGGGGGCCAUGUCCCCUCCAUCAGGCCAUCACCGCGGUAAUUCCCUCUCGCGCAACAACCGGAAGAAGGGGAGCCAGGGCGGGAGCUCCAAGUCUAAGUCUGGCCGGUCUAGGUCAGAUCAGGCCGCCACGGCGCCCGCGGUCGGCACGGACGAUAUUCGCUCGCCUGUUGGAGAGGUACCUACGCCGACGGAGAGCGGGAGUAGCGGGACGGCGGUGGAGGAUGGGCACGGGCAUGAUCAUGCGCACAAGCACAAGCACAACCACAUGGCGGUGGAUGCGAGCGAGGCGGAGGCUGGGCAUGGUGGUGGUCAUGGACACGGUCAUGACCACAGUCACGAGGGGCACGGGAAGGGACAUGAUCAUGGACAUGGACAUGGCGGCGCGGGUGGACAUGGUCACGACCAUGGGAGCAUGAACAUGCGCGGUGUAUUCCUGCACGUGCUGGGAGAUGCCCUCGGCAAUGUAGGCGUCAUCUCGGCCGGUCUCGUCAUCUGGUUCUUCGAAGGCGCAUGGACGCUAUACUUUGACCCCGGAGUAUCGCUCUUCAUCACCUGUAUCAUCUUCAGCUCUGCUCUUCCUCUCGUCAAAUCCGCAUCCUAUAUCCUCAUGCAGGGCGUCCCAUCACACGUCUCCCUCGAGGCUGUCCGAUCAGGCAUCAAAUCCGUCCCCGGUGUGGUCUCAGUACAUGAGCUGCAUAUCUGGCAGCUCUCGGAAUCGACCGUGGUGGCCUCGGUACAUGUCAUGAUCAUGCCCGGGGCGGAGUAUAUGGACGCUGCGAAUGGGAUCAGGGCGAUCAUGCACCAGCACGGGAUACAUAGUGUCACGAUUCAGCCAGAAUUCUACGACGACGCCGCCUCCAUAGCCGAAGAGACCGCCUGCCUCAUCCGCUGCCCACCAGAACAAUGCGGGACAGAUACCUGCUGCCCUCCCGUUCCUGGUAGCAAGAAUGGCCAGCUGGUCAAUGUCGACGAGGGGGAAGAGCACGAUCACGCGGGUCAUUCGCAUUGA